GGGCCCUGGAAGUACAGUUUUACCCUAUUUUCAUCUUACUAUACAGUAUAGUGGAACCAUAGAUGGGCUAUUUUGCAAGCUUCGCAACUUUAGGAAAGAUUACACUGGAAUGUCUGAGCAGUGAUAAUAACUGCAAAUCUAAAUAACAUGGAUUGUUUUUUUUCAGGUACGCAGCAAAGCAUUUGCCAGUUUAGCCGACAUGUAAACAUAAAUGCAAAAACUUACAAUGCUCUGAAAUUCCACAGCAGGAUGUACGAAAAUUCCAUGAGUCUUUUUAUCAAUUGAAAAGCAAAUUGAAACAAGACUAAUUUUUAUUGAAACAUGUAAAAGGUAUAAAAACACAACGUCGUCGUCCAAGAUCUGAAUCUCGAAAUUACAAACCUAGAGGUUUGCAGCUGAAAUAUAGGGUAUACAGCAGAUCAAAACAUAAAAUGAUACAAGUUUACCAAAAAGCAUUCCUUCAGAUUUUACAAAUCAAGAGAUACCGCGUCGAAAAUGUAAUAAAGAAUUAUCAUCUAUAUGGAAAUUUCCCUACAGAAAAACGUGGAGGUGACCACAAGUCCCACAAAUACAAGGACAAAAAAGAGAAUAUCAUUAAAUUCAUAAAGACUUUCAAGUGUUCUGAAGUUCAUUAUUGUCGUGGUUAUACGAAACGUAUGUACUUGCCUCCAGAGCUAAGUAUUAAUAAAAUGGCCAAAAUGUACAAUGACCAAGCACCAGAAAACCUCAAAGUGAAGGAGCUGUAUUUUCGAACCGUUUUCAAUACUUGUUUUAAUUUGGGCUUUGGGAGUCUUCAGCAUAAUGAAAAAUUAAAAAUUGCGCUAACUGAUAGCGACAAAUCUAUCCUGAUGGCUGAGAAAACAGUACAUAAACGCCGAGCUAAAGAAAUUUUUAAAAUGUUAAAAGAAGACAACCGUAAAAUAAAGAUUCUUAAUUUCGAUUGUCAGAAAAACAUGCCGUUGCCCAAAAUACCGGACCAGAGUAACUUGUCACAAGACGAUGACGAUUGUGUCCUAAUUUUGGCUUUAAAUGAAAAUCAGGAGGCAAUGAUGAAUAAUUUGCAGGACCAGAAUACGCAAUUUACUGGAAGAGGAACCUGUCGAAAAGAAAAAGAGCAGUACGAAAGGGAAGACACUGGUAUCAACUCAGAAAAAGAAGAUUUUGAAUUCACCUUUAAUCACAUGGUUGGAGAAUUUUUGCCACACUACCAUGACUGAUUGAUUAUUCACAGUAAGCUAUAUAAUCGCUGCGUUGUACGAAUUGCUACGUUCUUUACUGUGCUAUACUGAGCGAAUAAAUCUCAACUAUCAGUGUACAUGACCCAUUAUAUUUUAGUUAUAGUUUGUUUUUUUUUAUAGCGAGGUAGGCAAAU